ACCCUAGCCUUUAUCUCCUGCUUUUCUUCCUCCUUUUAAUCAUUGAAUUCUCUUGUAAUUCAUCAUUUGAUGGAUCGGUACCAGAGAGUGGAAAAGCCGAUGCCGGAGUCGGCUAUUGACGAGAACGAGAUCCGGAUCACGGCGCAAGGGAGGAUUAGGAAUUACAUCACAUACGCUAUUGCGUUGUUUCAGGAAAAAGGAUCUGAUGAAAUUGUUCUUAAAGCCAUGGGAAGAGCCAUAAAUAAGGUUGUGGUUAUUGCUGAACUGAUUAAGAGAAGGAUUGUAGGUCUCUAUCAGAACACCACUACUGGGUCUAUUGAUAUAACUGAUAGUUGGGAGCCUUUGGAAGAAGGCCUUCUCCCUCUUGAAACUACCCGUCAUGUAUCAGUGAUGGCAAUAACUUUGUCCAAGAAGGAAUUGGAUUCCUCCUCUCCGGGAUACCAACCACCCAUACCGGCUGACCAGGUGAAACCUUUGGAAGAAUCUGAUUAUGGAGAGUCUUUACCUAGUGGUCAUGGUAGAGGGCGUGGUGGUCGUGGAAGGGGCAGAGGAAGAGGGGCUAGCAAUGAGUUUAUGGAUGACGAUGUUGAUGGAGGAUGGAAUGAAGGGCAUGGAUAUGGUUACAGAGGAAGAGGACGAGGACGAGGUCGUGGACCUCGUGGUCGUGGUUUCCGCGGGCGUGCAAGAGGAUACAAUGGUGGAUAUGAUGGUAAUAUUCAUCACGAACCAAAGGAAUACAAUGAGUAUGAUGACCUGGAAGGACCUCCACAAGGACAAGUACAAGGAGGCAGGGGACGCGGAAGGGUUCGUGGCCGUGGCCGAGGACACGAGCAACCAGAUGCUUGAGCUUUCUUUAUAGAUGUAAUUGUGCUAGUUUGACAGUGUGGGGGAGCAUAUUUUUCUGUGUUUGUUAGCAAAGUAGCAUUUAUAAAUUGUUUAUCUUCAUUCGUUAGCUGGUUCUAGUGGUAGGUUCCCUGUGCUGAGAGCUAGAUUUUAAGAAUAUAGAUUGUAUAUGUGCAAAUGGAUUUUUGUAGGCAAUAUUCAUCUUGUGCAUUCAUUUAUUCUUAAAAAUAUUUAUCA